UUUUUGGUUCCUCUUGAGCAGUCCAGUCACAGCCCCAUGGUCUCCACAGUAGUAUAUCAGACUGUGCUCUUCCCACACUCUGCUCGAGUGUUUUGAAUCAGUUGAAUAGAUGUUAUCUUCUAAGAUGUGGAGUCAAUGCGCACGGAAGCUGUUUUAGGAGCUGGCCCAUGCUCAGCUCGUAUAAGAAGUAGUAUUAAAUAGCUCGACGCUAACUGAACAGCUAGCUAGCAAACAAAGCAAAACCCAUCUAGUCGGAAUCUCUGUCAACGAAAGGGACGAAAUCUUUCUGACCAUGACAGCGAUGCGCGUUGAUGCCAAGGUGGUUAUGCUGGGAAAAGAAAGUGUUGGAAAAACCAGCCUGGUGGAGCGAUACGUCCACCACCGUUUCCUUGUUGGACCCUAUCAAAAUACGAUUGGAGCUGCUUUUGUUGCCAAGCCAAACCAUGUAGGAGAUAAAGUUAUAACUCUAGGAAUAUGGGACACUGCAGGAUCAGAGCGCUAUGAAGCCAUGAGUCGGAUCUACUACCGGGGGGCACGAGCAGCAAUCGUGUGCUAUGACCUAACAGACAGCAGUAGUUUUCAGCGUGCCAGAUUUUGGGUAAAGGAAUUACAAAACUGUGAAGAGCACUGCAAAAUCUACUUGUGCGGUACUAAAAAUGACCUAAUUGAGGCGGACAGAGGUGCUCGACAGGUGGACUACCACGACGUGCAGGACUUUGCUGAUGAGAUUGGGGCCCAACAUUAUGAGACUUCUAGCAAAACUGGAAAUAACGUGGAUGAACUGUUCCAAAAGGUUGCUGAAGACUAUAACAGUUCAUCGUUUGAGGUCAUGCCUGAGGAGAAAGGAGUAGACUUGGGUCAGAAGAAGGACUCUUAUUUUUAUGCCUGUUGUCACCACUGACUGAUGUGGUUUUGCCUGUGGCCAGCCAACUACACCAGAGCCUCUUGCUCCCAAAGGGGAACUUCAUUCCUUGGUCAUACGAUCUGUGCAUCUUUUUAUCGACGGCAUCCACAACAGAAACGCUGCCAUUAUCGUUUCGUGCCAAGCACCACAGUGUUGUUCUUCCUUCUGCUUUUCUUUCUUUCUUUUUGUUUGUUUGUUUGUUUGGUUCUCUCUGCAGUCAUCCAUGCCAUGUUUUGGCAGGACAGGACCUCAGUGGUGGAGAAUGAAUUUUGUAUUGUACCGAGUCAACACUCCAGCUCCUGGCUCUCUUCUGUGCCUGCACAGAGGCAAAGGUGUGGCGGAAGAAGGGGAUUGGUGGCGAAGGCGCCGCCGUGAUCCCAGCUGGAACAAUGCCCCUGUCUGUGUCCUCUUACACCCUCUUCAGCGCCCGGCGCCUGUUCUGGUGGGAGCACCUUCUGUCUGCUAGAGACUGUUUACUUUACUCCUAUUGCCUUCAUUCUGCUCUCUGCUUCAGAUGCUGAUUUUUUUUCCUUCUUUCUGUUUUUUUUUUUUUCUUUUCAAAAGAUAAUUGCUCUCUGCAACCUAUUUGAUUUCGUUGAAUGUUUGAACACUAUUUAUAUCUCUCAUUUUUGUUAUUACUAUUAUUAUUCUGACCGGUGAAUGAUGGAGGAUGACCAUUCAGAGUCAUUCCAUAUGAGUAAAGUUGAUCGUUCUUUCACCUCAGCAGCAUAUUCGCUAGUUCAGUGUUUCAUCCACUUGACAUAACUUAUAAAAUAUAUAUUACGCCCACACAAAGAAAGCUGUGAGUAGGAAUGCUUGUUCUCAAACCAGAGGAAUUAAUCAAAAGGCUGUGUAAUUUAUUUUGAUUUGUACAAUGUUUGUCUAGUGCAUAAGUUUUGCACACGGAGACCCCUCUACCAAAUUGAUCUUGCACAGCGACAGAGCUGGCUGAAUGGGCAGUGAUGAAUUUCGAAGAAUGUCGUGUUUAAUGUUUACAAUGUUUUUAGUGGUUUGUUUUAAUUUAAUUCUACUUAAUGUGUGCAUUUUGAGGAACCUCUCAAGGAUCUUUGUCUGAACAUGUGAGGAUAUGUUCUCUUUUGUGCUGGCUUUACUAUGUGUGCCUCGAUAGGACAUGUACAAAAGCAUCAUCUAGUUGGUCCUAACACAACGUUUCACUUUCUAGCUAUGUUUACAGAGCUUAGUUUACAGUUGCUAAGAUCUGGGACAAAUACAGCAUUCGGAUGGAUGUAGUAGUCAAUGUGGAUAUGCAUUUUUGCCUGAAAAAAGUGGUAAAGAUGCUCAUUAUUAUCACUCCUAUCUUGCACAAAUACCGUCUAGUCCUACUUCUGGAUGUGUCCCACAAGGCGAAUGACAUGAUGUAAUUUCAGCUGGAUGAGACAUUGAUCUGAACGACAUAAUUGAAUAAGAAGUAAACCAGUCGUGGUUAAAUUGGCCUUGUAAAAAUUGACACUGACAAAGGACAGACAUACAAGUAGGCAUCCCAUGAAGACAAAUCAUUGCCAACAAAAUCAUGCAGCAGCGCUCUGCUUUUGCAGUGGUCGCCUGGUGUUCAGAGCCAUGUGAAGUGUAGAAGGAAAGUAUGCAUGUGUCUCUCUUUCUCCAAAAAUAGAUGAGACAAACCAAUAUCUUGGUCUCAGAGUGGUGUGUGCAUUCUGCAGUUUGCGUAAUUUUGUCGAAAACAAUCCAAAUUCUCAGUCAUUGCCUCUGGGUUCUGGGAUAACAGGUCUUCAAACAGGUUUUGACUUCGUAAAAUGUGACCGAUGUGGUGCCACUCAAGCACAAAACGACACUCCAUUAAGUUCUUUGUAGUCUGCUUCCCUCAGUUUCCUUUAACCCCCAAUGAAUAUUGCUGAUGUGCGAAGCUCUUGUGCUGAUGUGUCCAAAAGUGGCCCAAGGCUGUAGGAGAAUGCUGUUCCUAUGGUUCCUGGUUUUCAGGGGCCUGGAUUCUCAAAUGACUAUGUAGCACUUGAAAACAAGUGUAAGCUGCAUUACACAUCUCGUUCCAUAUCUCUACACUGCCUCUUUUGACAUAGGAUGGACUUCUAGCCUGUUAUGACUGACACAAGUGCCACAUGGAUGGUUGAGAAUGCAGCCCCUGGAAAGGAAAGCGUUAUUAUCAGAACUUCUGCGAUCUAAUGUGACACUAAUGGGGUUGAGCUGACCUAUUCACCUGUAUGGUGGGUGAAUUGGAGAUAAUGUGAGGCAUCUCAAAAUAAAGUUCAGAAAUAUCAAGGCAAGUUUGUUUUUUAUGCUGUGAAGAUGUCACCUCAUACACCUUUAGGGUACAAACACAGCACAUACUAGUUUGCACAUGUUUGAUGUCAAUGAAUGUACUUGCUCUCUGUCACUUGUAGCAUCGUAACAUUGUGAAUUAUUGUAAAUUACACAAGAUAUGCUAAA